AUGGAGCUGAGCUGUGCCAUGGGGGGCAGCACCGCCGCCCCCCCGGGCCCUGGCCCGCCCGCCGCCGCCGCCGGGGCCGGGCUGAUGGAGGGCGAGGAGUACGAGAGCCUGCCCAGCGGCGUCGCGCUCGGCACGCACAUGGUGGCCGGGGCCGUGGCCGGGAUCAUGGAGCACACGGUCAUGUACCCCGUGGACUCGGUCAAGACACGGAUGCAGAGCCUGCAGCCCGACCCCAAGGCCCAGUACAGGAGCGUGUACGAAGCUCUCAAGAGGAUGGUGCUGACCGAGGGGCUCUGGAGGCCCCUGCGUGGCAUCAAUGUCACCAUGAUGGGGGCUGGCCCUGCCCACGCCCUCUACUUUGCCUGCUACGAGAAAAUGAAAAAGUCUCUCAGUGAUGUGUUCCAAUCGGGAGGAAACAGCCACCUGGCCAAUGGCAUCGCUGGGAGUGUGGCCACGCUGCUCCACGACGCCGUCAUGAAUCCUGCUGAAGUGGUGAAGCAGCGGCUGCAGAUGUUCAACUCUCCGUACACGUCGGUGCUGGGCUGCGUGCGCACGGUGCACAGGACCGAGGGGUUCAGAGCCUUCUACCGCAGCUACACCACGCAGCUCACCAUGAACGUGCCCUUCCAGGCCAUCCAUUUCAUCACCUACGAGCUCCUGCAGGAGCACCUCAACCCCCGGCGCCACUACAACCCCGGCUCGCACAUCGUGGCCGGAGCCGUGGCCGGAGCCGUGGCCGCCGCGGCCACCACGCCCCUGGACGUGUGCAAGACGCUGCUCAACACGCAGGAGAACACGGCCCUGAGCUCCCUCAACAUCCGCGGCCACCUGUCGGGCAUGGCCAAUGCCUUCAGCACCGUUUACCAGCUGGGAGGGGUCUCUGGAUUCUUCAAAGGGGUCCAAGCUCGGGUCAUUUAUCAGAUGCCCUCCACGGCCAUCGCCUGGUCCGUCUAUGAGUUCUUCAAGUACUUCCUGACCAAGCAGGCGCUGGAGAAAAAACCAAGCUCGUGAAAAAGGAGUGGGGAUGUCCCUGUGCGUCCUUGCAGCCGGCCCAGCUGGGAUUCUGGGGGAUUCGUUUCUCCACAGCUCCCUGCACGGGGCUUCCUGUGGUGCUUGGUCACUGCGUGUGGCCAGGGAUUGCUGAUCGUCAAAUGUCCCCAGGGAUUCCAGGUCACUGAGUGUCCCCAGGGAUUGCUGAUCUUCAAAUGUCCCCAGGGAUUCCUGAUCUUCAAAUGUCCCCAGGGAUUGCUGAUCGUCAAAUGUCCCCAGGGAUUCCUGAUCUUCAAAUGUCCCCAGGGAUUGCUGAUCAUCAAAUGUCCCCAGGGAUUGCUGAUCGUCAAAUGUCCC